UCUCCCCUUUUCUUGCUGAGGACUACUUGAUGAAGGAAAUGUUUGUAGCAGACGUAGCUUUAUAUAUAUUUUUUUCAUAAGUAAAGGUGAUUAUAACAUAAAUGGAGAGAUUAUAGUUGUUUAAUUGUUUGUUUUGCCUGAAAAAAGUUGAACUUCUGCAUUUCUCCCUGGAUUACAGUUCUGGAAUUACUAUUCUUACUGCUGCAUUCUUGCAAUUAGGAUCAAAAAAGAAGAGAGACUUUUUCUAUUUACAUGUGAAUCUUUGACAUUCCGUUGCAUCUUUCUGUAUCUAAGAAUCCAAGAAGAUGGUACGCUACCUGCCUUUUUUGCUCCAGAGGAAACUCAAAGCCACCCUUUGUCUUUUUCUCCUUAUGGUUGUCCUGAUACACAUUGUGAUGGAAUUUGUGCCCUCUGCUGAUAAGACGUCCUGCAGGUGUCUAUCUAAAGCCACAGGUAACUUGGACCAUUUAUCACCCCGUUCCAUAUCACCAACUCAGAAUAAGAUGAAUCUGAGGAAUCUUCAGGAUUUUAGUAGCAGUAACAGCUCCCUGGAAAAAGGAUUUCAUUCAACAGAAGGUGUGUCUCAUGUGGAUGGCCUCAGCAAUGUGGGUCUCCAAGAUGUCAACAUCAAGCAACAACGGGAAACCAGAGAAAAACCCAGCCAGAAAAUCAAAUCCAAAUUGUCUGCUCUUUUUCACCAUCCUCUGUAUAAGAUCCCAAUCCCAAAAGUUGCAAGGAAAGACAAACUAUUUGGGAACAAGCCAACGAUGAAUCUCUUCAUAAAAAAUGAAGGAAUCAUAAUCAACAGUGCAGAAGUUCUUCAGAACCACAGUGCUAAUCCUGCGUGGCUCAGUUUUUACGCUGGAAUCAAUCGCUAUGAAUUGUAUGCCCGCCAUGAUCCCUCUCGCCAUGACUUGAUGAAGGAUUUGGCCAAACAGAAAAUUAUCAGCUCAGUUCAGAAGCCUGGAGGAACUCAACUGAAGCUUAUCAUGACUUUUCCCAAUCAUGGCGAAGCUCUCUUCAAACCUAUGAA